AUGGCGGAAGAAGGUGCAGUUUCGCAAGUCUCCUAUGAGGAUCUCGCCCAGGUGAGGAGCAUGGAAGGACCUUCGCGAUUAGACGAGAAACUGACCAUGUGCGCCAGAUCGAAGAUGAAUUCGAAGAGAUUGAUCUCGAAGUCAGUAAGUCGCAAACCAUUCCCCUACCAAUGCCAUCCUUCCAUAGCAUGUCCUGAUGAUACUCCUCCAAGUCCGCCACCACUACGAACUCUCCAAACCCGCCUUUGCCAAACGCGCCGAAGCCAUCGCCAAGAUCCCCAAUUUCUGGCCCCUCGUCUUCGAACAGGCACCCCCGGAGAUAGACCAGUUCAUCCAACCCAGCGACUCCCGCAUCUUCGCCGAAUCCCUUCUCAAUCUCUCCGUGACCCGCCCCGAAUUGCCCUCGGGCCACCCGCGCAGCCUCAGCAUCCGCUUCGAAUUCAAACCCAACGACUUCUUCGAAGAGACCGUGCUCGAGAAGCACUUCUCCUAUCGUCGCGCCAAAGACGGCUGGGCGGGUCUGGUAUCCGAGCCGGUGAAGAUCACGUGGAAGAAGGGGCAGGAUUUGACGGAAGGGCUGGUGGAGGAUGCGAGGAAAUUGUUCGAGGCGAGGAAGGGGAAGGGGGACAUGCUCGCGAGGGAUCUGCCCGAGUAUCAGAGACUGAAGAAGCAGGUGGAGCAUUUGAACGGUGCGGGGACGAGUUUCUUCACGUGGUUUGGGUUUGUGAGUGGGAGGAGAUGGGUGAGUGCGGAGGAGAGUGAGGAGGCGAAUCGGGAACAUCAGCAGAAGAAGCAGAAGGAAGAAGGGAAGGCGAAGAAGCAAGAUGAGAAAGAAGAUGAAGACGGAGAAGCAGAAGAAGAAGAUGAUGAUGAUGACAAGGAAGACGACUCGGACGUUGAGGUGCACGAAGCGGGCGAGGAACUUGCUACUUUCCUCGCCGAGGAUCUCUGGCCCAACGCGAUCAAGUUCUUCACGAGCGUACGUAUCCCUCUAUCGCUAGAAAGUGCACUCGACCCCAAAGCUAAUCUUCCCGAACAGGCCCAAGAAAUCGAAGAGAUGUCCGACAUUGAUUUCGAAGAAAUGGACGAAGACGAGGGGGAGGAGGAGGACGACGACGACAACGAACCCGUUGACAUCCGCGCACUGGUCUCGGAGAAAGGCGGUAGGAAGCGCGACAGCGACGUCGGUCCUCCCAAGAAGAAAGCGAAGAAAUGA